AUGGAGUCCAAAAUAAACCUCGCUAGAGAAAAACUCAAGAUCACGUAUCCAUUAAAAGACAAACAGAUAGAAACUUUACAGGCUUUAGAUCUCGGGAAUGAUUGUAUCAGCAUUCUACCGACUGGUUACGGGAAAAGUCUGAUCUUUCAAAUGCUGCCAUGGGUCCUUAUGAAAGAUGAAACUGGGAUAGUUAUAGUUAUUUGUCCGCUGACUUCCAUUAUGCAGGACCAAGUGAUGACCCUGAAAGAAAAAGGUAUCCGGGCUUCCUUUGUUAAUCUUCAAGGGACUGUCGCUUACAGCUACAACAGUGAUAAUGAGGACUCCGAUGAAUCCAAGCCUCAAACUGUUACAAUGACUGAUAUGGAAAUGAUUAAAAGUGGGGACAUUGAGAUUUUGUACAGCCAUCCUGAGGCUAUGUUCACUCCAGUUUUGAGCAGAAUACUACGCAGCAAAGUAUUUCAGCAAAAGGUGUGCUGCAUUGCAGUUGAUGAAGUUCACAUGAUUGAGGAGUGGGGAGAAGAUUUCAGACCAAAGUUUAAGCAGAUUGGAGAAUUAACAGCUCUUUUUCCAAAUGCUGCUCACCUAGCUGUAACAGCAACUGCCACACCAAGUUGUAUACAAUCUCUCUCCAAAAUACUUCAGUAUAUUAACCCAACUAUCAUUAAAGUGAACCCGGACCGACCGAAUUUGUUCCUCGAAAUAAAAACAAGAUUGUCAAACCUUCAGAAGUUUAGCAAAUAUGAUGAUAUUGUUGUUCCUCUAGCACAAGAGCUUAAAACUAAGCGGGACAAGUUCCCAUUAACAAUAGUGUAUGUAGAAAGUUUAGAAGCAUUGGGGUAUUUCUACCAAUUUAUAAAUUAUGAGUUAAAAGAGGAGCAGUACAUAGGUGAGGCAAUUCCUGAAAAUAGAAUUUUUGGCCAAUUUCACAAGGAUUACACAUCUCAAAUGAAACAACACAUUCUGUUUGAAUUACGGAAAGAGGAACCAAAACUUAGGUUGGUUUUGGCAACUGUGGCAUUGGGGAUGGGUCUAGAUGCACCUGCAAUCACUAGAAUUAUACAUUGUAGGCCCCCAACUACAUUGGAGAAAUAUUUCCAGGAGGUUGGCAGAGCAGGAAGAAAGGGUCAGAAAGCUGAGGCAUUAAUGUACUUUAAUAACAACGAUCUAGCAAAAAAUCGUAAGGGUUUAUCGGACGCUAUGGUGCAGUACUGCAAGACAAAAGAUAAAUGUCUCCGACUUCAGCUGCUACAAUACUUUGGCUUUAAUGAAACCAAAUUUAAUGGACCAAUGCAUGAAUGUUGCAGUUACUGCAGGCAGUUACCAUAA